AUGGAGCCUGAAAAGCCAUUUGCAUGUACUCUACCAGAUUGUGGCAUGACAUUUACAAAUGAAGAUCAUUUGCAUGUACACACUAAGAAACACGACAUGGUACUUCAACUGGGAAUGGAGCAGAAAGCUGCUUUUGUGGCGGAUCAAACACCAACACCAACUCGGUUUAUAAGAAACUGUGAAGAAGUAGGUUUGUUCCAAGAUCUACAAAAUGUCAAUCCAUUCGAUGAAGGAUUUAAAAGGGCUAUGGAAACUAAACACAGCAUACUUCCCCUAGAUGGAUCAUCAACAGAAGAUGCCUUGCACACUCCGCAUUUGGUGUUUCCCUUAGAAUCGGGUGACUGUACCCUAUAUACAGCAAACAAUCAAAGAAAUAUUACUAUUAGCAGAUCAUCUAGCGACGAAUCGGGCGCCGUAAAAGAAUAUGAAACAACGACAAUAUCGAAACUAACUAAUGAAGUAACAACUAUUAGUAGAGUAGUCAAGGACGUGCCAGACAGAAAUGAUGAUGAAAAAGCUAGAAUAAAAGAUAGAGUUAAUGAAACGUCAGUAUCUUACACAAAUAACGUCAUUAAAAUCCAUAGUAAUGUUGAAAUAAGAAAAGACAAUAACGUAGUUAACAUAGAUAACAAAAAAGAACUGCCACCGAUAAUGAGUCAGAAAUCUUUAGAUUUUGUAGUCGAUAGCCUUACAUGUGAUAUAAAUGAAGAAAAAGAUAUCAAAAUUGUAAGAAAUAAGCAGGAUUCGGUUAAAUCUGAUGAUUUGAAAGAUAAAUCCAAGAUAGACGACUACGAAGUUAUAAUAAAAUUGCCUAAUGGGAAACGUGUAAGGAUGAAAGCUGUCGAUGAAAUUGAUAAAGUUCAACCGAAUACAAAGGAAAAAUUAAAGAAAGUGAUAAGAAACAAAUCUGAAACGGCUAAUAAUAGGCAAAAUGUGCAAAGUACGCCGUUAGUACACAAUAUAGUGCCUAUACACGCAGGGACGCUUAUACCAGUAACCAUAGUUAAUCCAAGCGUACCUUUGCAAAAUUUACAUAAAAUACCAAUUGUGCCUCUGCCCACAGUCAAAACUAAUUUUAAAAGUGUUAAAAGAAAAAAAGUUAAUAAUGAUAAUGAUAGUUAUAAAAAUGAUAAUGAUAAAAGUAACGUUAACGGCAACAAAAAUAACUCAAAACAUCAUUUAGACAGUCGGAAUGCAGCGUCUAAAAGAUAUAGGGAAAGGUUAAAAGAAACGAUGAGACGUCAAAGUGAAGAAAAUAAGCUACUUCGGGAAUCAAACCAGCGUCUUACCGCUGAAAAGGCAGUCCUGAAACUGAUCAUUACUAAACAUCUUAAGAAAUGUCCCAUUGGAGAUGAUCUAAGAAAUAUUCAAGAAAAACUACAACAUGCAACUCAAUGUAUAGAAGAAAACACAAUAGAAGAUACA